CGUCAGUCGGUUUAUUAUGAACGCUGUGUUGGGAUUAUUUCGUCACUUCUCGUGACCGAAUAAUAUUAACUAUGUCGUCACUAAGGGGAAUAUAAAUCUGAGGUUCGCAAUCAAAAUGAACGAAACAGAAUUGGUUUGGGCCAGGGAUCCUAAAUUAGAAGAGGAUGUAAAGGAUCCACUGAACUGGUGCGAGAUAUCUUUGGGGUCGGAGGAGGAAAAGGAGGUGAGAGGAGAACUCGUCUUCAGGAGGAGGGAGAGUGAAUCCUCCUCUAAAGACUCAAGUUUCGACACCCCUCCUUCCCCCAACCCCUCACCACAAGACACCUCCCUUGCCUACCAGUUCGGUAUGAUGGUCGUUAGCGGAGCCGCACAGGUCGUUAGUAACGUGGCUGACGUAGGUAGACGUAAUCAUGACGUCAUCAAAGCUAUGACGCGCGAGUUGGAUGACGUAAGAGCUGAACAUGAGGACACCAAGGAAAAGUUGAAAGAAUCGCAGAAAUGGGCAUCCUGCUAUGAAAGCAUUAACUCCGAACUCGAGCAUCGAAUCCAGGAAUUGUCGAACGAGCAAGAAACUGAACUUAAGAAACAUAAACAACAACUAAACAAACAACAGUCGCAAACCGACAGAGCUACCAAGAAAUUGGCAAACUCAAAAAAUGAAUGUAAGAAAUUAAAAGAAGAAAUGGACAAGCUAACUAAAGAUAAACAAGCAUUGGCCGAACAGAUAGAAGAAUUAAGAAAGCAGAAACAUUUACAAGAAUCCAACCUAAAAGUAAAGACAGAAACGAGCGAUACAGCGUCACAGGUUACUGAGCCUCCCAGCGAUCGUGGAACAAAUGACGUCACGCCUUCUACCAGUGACGUCACUUCUGAUAACGUCAUAAGCAAAGAUGAACACGAUGCAUUGGUGGUGCAGAUCAAACUUUAUCAACGUCAGGUUAAUGACGCAACGAACGCAUUACGUAUAGCGCAUUCAAGGGGAGACAAGUUACGUCAACAAUUGAUGACGUCAAUGAGUUCUAUGACGUCACAGUCGCAAAGAAUGCAAGAAUCGACGAAAGCGCUGGAAGUCGCCCUUGAUAAUGUCAAGGAAUUGAAAUCGUCGCUCGAUUGUGAGCGAACAAUGCGAAACAACCUUGAAUCGGAGUUGUCGAAUCUGGAGGAUGCGAAUCGCGGUUUGAACAAUGACUUAAUGGACCGCGAACGCGAAGUUAUUCGAUUGUCUUCGUUGAUACCAGCUGUGACAUCAUCAUCUGACGUAGCUGUUCAAGUUGACGUCAGAGAAGAUUUCGAUGAUUUUGCGGAUGGACUAUCUCGUGACGUCAUUCGUGACGUAAUGAUGGGAAUUUCCCGUUCCACGCACGAUGAUAUUGUGACGCAGUUAAAGAACGAGGUCAAAAGUCACAGCGAUCGCGCUAUAGAACUCGAAUUGACACGGUUGGGUCUUCUACAGCGGGUAUCGCGGUUAAACGCGAUUUUGGAAGAAAGAAAAACGGAGUUGGGGUCAAUAAAAGGUCAAGUUGGAAAACUAAGUUAUGAAAACGAAGCCCUGAGAGCAAAGAUGGUGGAGUUGGGAAAAAUAUCGAAAGUUGAAUCGUCAAGAAUGGGAUUAGAGUUAAAGAAAACUCAGAAUCAAUUGAACCAAGUUCUUAAAUCUCGCAGUCGUGAGAUGGCGCACUUGAGGUGUCAGAUAGAAGAGCUUACUGCUGAAAAUUCAAAAUUCAAAAUCCUGCGUUCGGAUUCGGAUGUUUCGACACAAACCACUUGUGAUGACGUGUCAGUGAGGGAUGUAGGUCAAAGUUCAGAUGACGUAAAAGAACAUUCGAGAAAAAUUGAAGCUCUAGAAUCAGAAAAUCGUAGAUUAAUCCAGAAAAUUCAAGAAUCUGCAGAAUUCGAGACGCGAUUCGCUGAAGUUAGGUCAGAGCUGUCACGUGCUCAAACAACCAAUCAGGAACUGCGGAUGGUUUUAACCAAUGAGAGGCGGUCUUCUGCUGAGGCUAAUCACGUGGUGCAACGAUUGUCUAAUCAGUGUCGAAGAUUGGAUUGGGCGUGUAGGAUGCGCCAAGAGGAAGUGACGCAAUUUCGACACGAGAACGCUGUCCUUCAACGCGAAGUUAGCGGUUCCACUGUGACAUCACAAGUGCAAAACACCGACUUAAACGGUUCUAAUUAUAAUACAGAAACCACCGGUGCUACACUAGAUACAAUCCAGGAGGAGAAUUCGUCGAACUCCUCGUCUUCUGUUGAGAGGGUUAAUGACGUCACUCCUUCGUCAUCCAUGACGUCAUCAAAUGAUCAAGAAUCUGUAGCGUCAGGUUCUCAACAAGAUAUCAUGACGUCACACACCACGCAAGAAUCGGUGACGUCAAACAGUAUUACACAAGUGACGUCACAGAGAGAACUAAUCUCGAGCGCAAGUGACGUCAGUAGUGUCGUAUCAUAUUACGUCAGAGACGAUGACGUCACUAGUCAAUCUUCGAGAAGAAGCGUACCUCGACCGAGAGGGGAAUCCCGAAAGAAGAAAAUGAAAAGAAGGCAAGAUAAUGACGUCACAUCUACGUCAGCGUCGUCGCUCAACAGCCUUCCGAUAUGGAGAAGGGAAAAUCCCGAAAACUUGUUCCACGCCUCAGAUAUUGGGAGCGAUGACGUCACGUUGGAUGACGUCACGAUCGAUGAUAAAGUGUUUUCGAUCAACGAACCUUCGACUUCGCGACAAAUCGGAAUUCCGAUGUCUUCCGAAAGAUUUCAAAGAGUCGUCGAAAGUUGUGGAAAUGACGUAGAUCUGUCACGUGACGACGGGUAUUCGUCGUCGACAAAUAUUGAUGACGUCACACAGGGGUUAAUUUGGGAAAGUACCGUCGGUCACCCAAGUUACAACCUCCCUGAUACUUCAGAAGAACGACAUUAUUACGUCACAUACGCCGGGGUGACGUUUGACCUCGCCAUGUUUUCUAUGUCGCGAAUGCGCGAUGUGACGUCAUCAUGUGGGGCUACGUCGUCACCGGAAGCGAUGAACGCUUUUUUCGAUUUUCUAGCUCGAAAAACAGAAGAACUUGAAGGCGACCCCCAGUGGCGGGGACGUCAUAAUUUAGGGAGGCCUUCUGAUUGGUUGAAUUUGAAAAGUUGUUUUGCUUAAUUAUGUAACAAUGACCACUGUGACGUACGCACUUUCAAUGAAUGUCUAAAUCUUAUAAAUGAAAAAA